CGACAGGCGGGGACCCCGACAGCUUGGCACACCAAGUGGAUGUCGGAGUGGCGUAUGUCGGAGGACGACCCGAUCACGCGCGAGCACGCCCUCCUUUGCCGCAUCCUGGAGCUGGCGGUGUGCUAUGACCAGGUCAACGUGGGUGAGCUCUCGCAUCUGGAGAUGACUGCACGUCGCCUCCAACUCCUGGAAGAGAAGGUGGUUGAGCAGACGUUCAAACCGAAGGGUAACGACAAGAAGGACAAGGACAAGAGCAACGUGCUGGACGAUCGCGUCGAGAACAACCUGUUCCUCGGCGCGCAGGAGAGCCGCGGCAACGUUUGCGUGUGCCCUCUCCUCAGCACGUGGAUUGCAGACGAGUUGAAAGCCGAGGCUGCGGUGGCUAAAGAACGCAGGAAGGCCCGCGAGGAGCGGGCUGGCAGGCCCCUCGUCAGAGGCUGCUGGGACUUCCCGGGCCAGGAGCUGCACAGCUUCGCGAUGGCGGUCUCGUCCGACGAGCGCCAGCGCAAUAUCUUUCCCCUACCUCGGCUCGCUGUCGACGCCCGUCGGGAGUUUUGUGUUUCUCGUCGUGCCCGUCAACGUUGUGAUCGCGGUGCUGCCUGGCGAGUCUGGGCCAACGAGUGCAUAGAUAGCCUCAACGACCUCAACGGCCAGCGCAGUUGUGGACGCGAGGUUUCGGCGCCCGAUGGUGCAGCUAACUUACCGCAGAGGCUGGCGCUGGAGCACAUUGCCGAUUCAUUUCAAUCGUUUUCGUGGCCUGCUGACAUGCCUGUCGACAAGGCCACCUCGGAUGCCGCCCUCGAAGAGCUGCUCCGACAUACACCUGGUUAUUGCGAAGACGAUACCGUGGUGCGACCCUACGCCAAGGACUCUGUGUCCUGGCCCGCCGCAGGUACGACCCCCACUCCUUUGGGCGAUAUCUGCAGCGAGGCCGCUUUGCAUCGGCUAGAGUCAUGGAGGACGAGUAUGCUUGUCUCCGAGUCCGAGGCAGACGCCAGGCGCAAGGAGUCUGGACUGGUCAAGCCUUACGUCGACCCUCUCCUUUUGAGCUGCCCCGACCGCUACGCCGACUUUCUUCGUCGACUGGAUGCGGCUGGGAUGCUGCGCUUUCGUCCUCGACGGCAACGGGAGCAGCCUUCAGUGGGCGUGUUCUUCGUCACCAAAAAGGACGGGAGCCUGAGAAUGGUGUUCGACACUCGCAUUGCUAACCUUUCAUUCGUGGAGCCUGCUGGGACCAAGUUGCCUACUUCAGCGGCCUGGGCAGGCAUGGAGAUCAGCCCCGAGGUCAGCGGCUAUAUGGCGGCAGCGGACAUCCAGUGCGCCUUUUACCACAUGAAGCUGCCUUCGGAGCUGGCCCGCGCUUUCACCCUUCCGUGUGUCACGAAUCGGGUUCUGCGUUUGGACGGCAUGGGGCUGGACAUCGACGUGGUGCCUGAGAUUUUGGUGAUGCCCAUGGGCUGGAACUGGGCCUUGCAUUUCUGCCAGGAUGCUCUGACCAACAUCAUCGUUCGAGACGCGGCCGUGGAGGGCCAUCGCUUCAUCGUCGACGGGGCCCCGCCGACCGUGCUGCAGCGCACUGACGACUGGGCCGUGGCUGCCUAUGUCGACAACUUCUGCGUGGUCGCGGGCUCGCGUGAGCUAGCUGACCGCGUGCUGCAGCGCAUCUCAGAGGCUGUGUCUCGUCAUCACUUGCCCGUGCACGAGGUCCAGGGUGCUCGUGCAUCCAUGAUCUUCACAGGCCUGGAGUUCGACGGCAUCAAGGGGACCAUGAGGGUCCCGUGUGCCCGCCUUGCUCGCCUGCGGCUUGGAAUUCGAUCGGUUCUGCGCCACGGAAAGAUUUCGCCCCGUGCCCUCUCAUCCUUAGUCGGUCACAUCACUUGGGCCAUGCUGAGCAGGCGGGAGACCUUGUCAAUGCUGUCGGCCACUUUCGCUUUCUCGCGGAGUCGUUCGCCGGAGCCGACUAAGAUCUGGGACGGGGUCCUCAGGGAGCUUCAGUGGGUCCAAUCUACAUUGCCUCUGUGGGCCACGUCUUGGCGGUUGCCGUGGGCGCCCGAUGUCACCGCGUCUGACUCGUCGGGGUAUGGCAUUGGGGUCUGUCGGCGCACGCUGCCCGUCCCCGUCGUCGCCGAGAUCGGUCGUCUCGCCGAGAAGGUCAGGUACAGGUUCUAUGACGCCAUAGCCGCUCGACAACAUGCCCUUUCAGGUUCGCCCGAGGUCCCCAGUUCUGCUGUCCAGCGCCCUUCCGGUCACGUUCUGGGAGACGCUCACGAGGCUUCAUCAAGUCAGGAGGGCCUACUUCGACCGGAGAAAAAGGUGCAAAAGGAUGCCCCGGCAAAUUCUGGAAAUUCGCCUGGGCAUCUUUUCCUGCGUUUUCGGGGCCUGGACGACGUCGCCAACUUUGAGAACGCCCUGGACGUCGGGGCGGGGCCCCCUGGCUUCACGGAGGUCCCCGAGGAGAUCCUGAGGGAGACCGACUGGAAGGUGGUUCACUCGAGCAGGGUCCGCGCGAAGGGGAAGAACAUUUUGGAGUCUGAGGGGGGCGCUCUGGAGUUCGCCCUCCGCCACCUCCUGCGCUCGGGGCCCUUGCAGGGGCGCCGCCUCCUCCUCUUCGUUGACAAUUUGGCUCUGGCUCUCAGCGCCGGCAAGGGCCGCGGUCGGACGGCAAAUUUGACCAGGCCUCUUCGCCGCAUCACCUCUCUGCUGCUCGCCACGGGCUGCAGGGCGUACGUGCGCUGGGUGCCGUCGGAGUUCAACCCGUCAGAUGCCCCGUCGAGGCGCCCCCCCCGCGCCAUGACGCUGGCGCGCCAGAGGCUCGCCCCGCAGGCGUCCCUGACGGAGCUGAAGUGCGGCCGCCUGAGCUUCCUGGAGGCGGCGGCGCUCACCGACGCCACCGCCAAGAGCUACUCGGCGCACGCCCAGAGGCUGGUCACCUGGUGCCUGUGGAUGGGCCUGUCCUGGACUACGUCGUCGGAGCUCGACGUGAUCUUGACGGCCUUCCUGGCGCACCUGGCCUUAGACGGCUUCGACACGGCGACGGGGCGGAUAACGCUGUCGGCGUUGCGACACCUGCUGCCAGCGCUGGGCCCCCCCCGCGCCGCGCUGCCGAGGGCGUGCAGGGCGCUGGACGGCUGGGAGAAGCUGAAGCCGCCCUGCAUGCGGCUGCCGAUCCCUCGGCCUGCCGUGAUGGCGAUCGUGGGCGCGAUGAUCUCGCUCGGCCAGCUGCCCUUCGCGAUGUUCGUGCUUCUCUCCUUCGCGGCGUACCUCCGCCCCUCGGAGGCCUUUCGCCUUCGAGGCGAUUCGCUGGUGGCGCCGAACCCGCUGGCAGGCAAGGGCUACGGCGAGUGGGGGUUGGUGCUCAACCCGAGCGAGGACGGGCGGCCUGGGAAGACAGGGAUCACCGACGAGAGCGUGGCCCUGGAUCAGACGGACUGGUGGCCGCUCUGGGCGGCCCUCAAGCUCGCCCGUCCUGGCGGCGCGGCGCUGUGGGACUUCGACGUCGCGGAGGUCCGCGACGCCUUCAACCAGGCGGCCGAGCUGCUGGGGCUGGAGGCGCAGCCCUCUCUGUACGUGCUGCGCCACAGCGCGGCCAGCGACGACUUGCUGGCCGCGCGGCGUUCCCUUCCCGAGGUGAAGGACCGCGGGAGGUGGAUCACAGACUCCUCACUGCGCCGCUACGCGAAGAGGACCAAGCUCCAGCAGCAGAUCAACAACCUGCCCGACAACGUGAUGGAGUUCGGCCAGCGCGUGGACGCGCACCUCGUCAUGCUGAUCGAGGCGGCAGCGCUGGGGUCGCCUUUCCCGUGGCCGGUGCCCGCGAGGCGGGCCGUCUCGUCUCGUGGCCAGGUGAAACCAUCACCGACGAGCAGGUGGACGGCUAUCUGA